CAAGCCACCCACAUACGCAGUUACGCACACGAGCGAGCUGCUUAUAAAUGGCAGAGUAAAGCGUUGUCAGCCUUGAGGUAGUAAGAGCUGCGACACUAGAAAAAAUAACAGCACCGGCGCGCAGGAGAGGGAGGGAGAUGGCAAUGUCUAGUGGAAGAAGUAACCACGAGAUCGUGCCCUACAGCGGCGAUCUUGAGGUGCCGGUGCAGCCGGUGGACGUCCAGCGGCAGGACUCCCUCUACCUCGACGCCACCAGACCUGCACACGGCGGCCACCAUGGACGGGAUAGCUGGCUGCGGACGUUGCGGCUGGGGUUCCAGUGCGUGGGGAUCCUCUACGCCGACCUCGGCACGUCGCCGCUCUACGUCUACUCCAACACCUUCAAGUACGGCAUCGGCCAUGAGGACGACGUCCUCGGCGUCCUCUCCCUCAUCAUCUACAGCUUCCUGCUCUUCGCCCUGAUCAAGAUCAUCUUCAUCGCCCUAUACGCCAACGACGACGGCGAAGGUGGGACUUUUGCUCUCUACUCGCUCAUCUCGCGCUACGCAAGGGUGGCCCUCAUCCCCAACCAGCAGGCCGAGGAUGAGCUCGUUUCAAGCUCCAGCCGUCACAGAAAGCCGUCGGCACCAUUUAGGAGAGCGCAGUGGAUGAAGAAUCUGCUGGAGGCCAGCAAACCAGCAAAGCUUACGCUCUUCUUCCUCACCAUCUUCGCCACCGCGCUCGCCAUCAGCGACAGCAUUCUAACCCCUUCCAUCUCCGUACUGUCAGCGGUCAACGGCCUCAAACUGAGAUCGCCUAAUCUGACGACAGAUCAAGUAGUAUGGAUCACAGUGGGGAUUUUGGUGGCUUUCUUCGCGGUGCAGCACCUCGGGACCGUCAAGAUUGGUUACACGUUUGCUCCAAUUGUUGUUAUUUGGCUCCUCCUCAUCUCUGGGAUCGGGAUUUAUGACCUGAUCAAGUACGAUGUUGGCACACUCAAGGCAUUUAACCCGAAAUACAUCAUCGACUAUUUUCGAAGAAACAAGAAGAAAGGAUGGGUUUCGCUUGGUGAAAUCCUUCUUUGCUUUACAGGCACAGAAGCCCUCUAUGCUGAUUUAGGAUACUUCAGCAUAAAGUCAAUUCAGCUGAGCUUUAGCUUUGGCUUACUACCAUCUGUGCUGCUCAGUUAUAUUGGGCAAGCAGCUUACCUAAGGAAACACAUGGACAUGCAAUAUGUACCAAACGCUUUCUUCAAUUCCAUUCCAAGCACUCUGUUCUGGCCAACGUUCGUCCUAGCGCUUACCACUUCAGUCAUCGGCAGCCAAGCCAUGGUGUCCUGCGCCUUUGCGACCAUGUCACAUCUACAAACGCUCAGCUGCUUCCCAAGGGUGAAGAUACUGCACACGUCAAGCCGCUAUUCAGGCCAUCUCUACAUCCCUGAAGUGAACUUCUUUCUUUGCGUGGCUUCUGUUAUUGUGACCAUAAGCUUCAGGACAACUGGUUUCAUCGCCAAAGCACAUGGUAAGAAAAUGCAUGAGCGUUUUUUUUUUCCUUUUACGUAUUGUUUUAAAUCUCAACACAAGCACAUAAUUAGUAUACUAAACUACGUAUACUUGUGUACAGAAAUAUGUGUGGCCCUUGUGAUGGUGAUCACAACACUGUUGAUGACAAUCGUGAUGCUCCUUGUGUGGAAAGUGAACAUCUUGUGGAUCGCUCUCUUCUUCGCAGUCUUCAUGUCCACAGAGACCAUCUACCUAUCGGCGGUUCUAUACAAGUUCACACAGGGCCCCUACUUCCCCUUGGCCAUGUCGGCCGUUCUCAUGGUGAUCAUGAUGGUAUGGCACUAUGUGCACGUGAAACGCUACAAGUACGAGCUCCAGCACACCGUGUCGCCCGAUGAGGUGAAGACUCUUCUGGAGCGCCACGACCUGAAGAGGGUUCCGGGGCUCGGCCUCUUCUACACCGAGCUGGUGCAAGGGAUUCCUCCCAUAUUCCCUCACCUCAUCGAGAAGAUCCCCACCGUCCACUCGGUCAUCGUCUUCAUCUCGGUGAAGCACCUCCCGAUCCCCCACGUCGAUGUCUCGGAGCGCUUCCUCUUCCGGCAGGUCGAGCCCAAGGAGAGCAUGGUGUUCCGGUGUGUUGCUCGGUACGGAUACCGGGACACCCUCGAGGCGGCCAACGACUUCGUCGCCACUCUCGUCGAGUACCUCCAAUACUAUGUCCGGGACCUCAGCCUCUACUGCACAGCCGAGCCACUAAGGACGAGCUACCCUAGCAUUCGAAUCGAUAGCUUUUCUUGGGACAAAAAACACUCGGGGCAUGGCAGCGGCAUCCAUGCCGAGGAGAUGCUUACACCAAUCCAAUCCUUCUCUGAACUCACAAUGCAUCAAGUUGGUAUGAGCAGCCGCCUGGGAAUAUUUCAGCCGGCCAAGAUGAACCUAGAGGAGAUGUUAAGGAUUGAGGAGGACCAAAAGGUGAUCCAACGGGAGGUGGAUAAUGGUGUGAUUUACAUACUUGGGGAGACUGAAGUGGUGGCCAAACCUCACUCCAACCUCAUUAAGAAGAUUGCUGUAAACUACAUCUUCAACUUUCUCAGGAAGAACUCUCGGAAAGGAGAGAAGAUGUUCUCCAUUCCACGGGGGAAACUGCUCAAGGUUUGCAUCGCAUAUGAAAUUUGAAUUUGCAGAGAAAGAGGACGUGCAGAUGUGCACCAUGCCACCAUACAUGCGAGAGACUUCAUGUGUUGGUUGAUGGGAUUGAUGAGCGUGCGAGCAUAUAACUCUAUGGGGCAGAAAUAAACAGGCACCAUACUGCAAGAACAUCUAUUUGUAUCUAGACGGAGAGACGUUCUCGGUAAGAAAUUUGUGUUGGGUAUGAUAAGUGGAAAUUAUCUUUGGGGGGUGCUAAAUCUGUUUUGUAACAUUUUGGCAACAAUUCAAUCUCGUUCAUGUAUAUAUCCAGCUGAGGCUAUACUUGCUUUUUUGUUUGUACAAAAAACUUAACGUAAGAAGUGCAACGUGCACCAUGUUUAAGCAACAGACUACUUCAUAGUAACUAUUAGAAGUAAUCUUAUUGGCAUCAUCAAAUUCA